AUGGCCGACAGCUCGGUCCACUCUUGCCCCAUGGCAGCCCAGGGCGCAGAGGAUGGAGAAGAAGACCUGGAGGACGAUGAAAAUACUGACCAAGACUACGCACAGGAUCGCGAGAACGAUAGCGAGUUUGAGGCGAUCGAGGAGGAUUUGUUCCAGGGUGGUCUCUACGAACCAUCCGUCCGGAUUCAAUUCCAGGGGAGUGAAGAAGGGAGUGAAGGGCCGGGAGGCGAUGGAGUGCGCCCACGACCCGGUGCGCCCGAAGAACGGUACGAGGAGGAUGGAGAUCACUCUGACGCAGAAGAGGAGGGAGAAUCAUCGCCGGGACGACGACGACCUCCCUCUUCUGCGAGCCAUGUCGAGCAGGCUGUGGCCCCCGGAAAUGCGGAGCGGCAGACCGACGUUGCGGAAAAGGAGAGCAGGAUCCGGCGUUCAACAAUCCCGCUUCGAGUGAUAGAGGCCGGCACGAGAAGGCACUAUUGUUUCCACUUUCUACACUUCAAGUGGUGGGUGAUAAUCUUCAUGGCAACUAUGGUAGAUGUCCCUGUGGCAGAUAGGCUUGCCCCCUCUCUGCACGACGAGGUUGGAGGGUGCAGCAUUCGAAAGAUUCGCCUUGGGAAUCUGUUUGUCCGCAUGACGCGGAGCACAUCACACCUCGACGACUAUCUGGACGUUUUCGUACUCGUCGCUGUUUCCAGGAAGUCGAAGAUCAACCCCAACAACAAGCUGAGUCAUCAGUUUCUUGCAAGGCAUAGGGACUGGCGGCUCUGCGGAAUGGGCCAUGUGUUCCUGUGGCUUCAUUUCAUCUACGACCUCGUUCCUCUGCACUACGGCCCCGGUAUCGUUGAGCCUCUCGACUUUUCUGAACCGAUCUUGUGGACUAAAGCGCACCUCUUCUUUUCUUUGAAGAAGGGCGACCAGGGAAAGCAGAAGCAAGACGAGAUGCACUACAAAACGCAUAACACCUGGAUUAAGUGGGCCAUGACAAAGGCGAGAUGGAUUCUGAGCAAGGUGACACAUGCAUUCCGCAGAUCCGGAGUGCAACAACUCCAUCACGACGGUUGCUCCGACAACGAUAUCAGCACUCUGGGCGGAUGGGCGCAGGGGGAGUUGCGGACGUGUUAUGUCUUUGGCAUUCUGUUCAAGCCGGUUUGGCUACUGGCAGGAUUCAGCGGGGAUCGUGGAGACUACUACAUCGGCUGA